UGCAGCCCUCCCCGCCCUUCGCCGCCUUCGGGCUCAGGCCUCACGCAUCUCUGUUUCUUAAACCCUUUCCCUUGUUUCGCACCCUCUCCUCCCUUGCUCGUCUUUCCCUGGCGGCGACGACUGGGCGAGCGGCGACGCCAUUCGUCACUUCUUCGCCCAGCCCUUUGCCGGCGACGAGCAUCCACCAGUAUAUUCUGAGGAUGGCUUGGGGUCAAGGUGCUAGGAGGCCCAUAUUGGGGCUUCUGUUUCGUGCUCAACAGCAAGCUGCUUCAGCAUUCGAAACUCGUCUAUUGGGCACUCCUGUUCCCCAAAAUGAUAUGUUUCAUAGGAGAUUCAGCUCUCAAGUGUCUUCUUCAGAGCAAAUGAACCUUAUUAAACAACUCCGAGAAAGAACGAGUGCUCCAAUCAAAGAUGUCAAGGCUUCCUUGGUUAGCUGCGACUGGGAUAUUGAGGUUGCACAGAAAGACCUGCGGAAGAGAGGAGUGGUUCUUGCUGCCAAAAAGUCUUCACGGACUGCUGCUGAAGGUUUGCUAGCUAUUGCACAAGAUGAGAAAAGGGCAGCUGUGAUUGAGCUUAACUGUGAAACUGAUUUCGUAGCAAGAAAUGAUGUUUUCCAGUAUCUGGCUUCAUCAGUGGCAAAGAUGGCUUUGUCUGCUCAGGGUCCUGGUCAAUUGUUUUUUCCUUUUGAUCCUGAAUAUUUGGAGGUAUGUCAUAUGUUACUUUAUGACUAUCUUUGUUGGUGAGCUUUUGGAUAUCUUCCAUGUGUUGGUCUGUGUUAUGGCCUUGGUACAAAAGAAGGAAAGGGGCUUGUUAUUGCUUGAUUUUGAUAGUCUGGUGGUCAACUAAUUAAUGAAUUUAGCCUGAAACAGAAGACCACAGUUUGGAUAGCCCCAAUUACUAAAUAGACCUAACCAACUGGGGAUGGCACAAUUGGGGCUUUUCCUGCGGCAGUCGAAUCAGCCACACUCGUGUGCAUAG